AUGUCAGAUAUAAAAAAACGGUUAGUAUUUUCUAUUUUACAAUUUUUGCAACAAUGCAUCAAUGACCACACUAUUAAAGAAGAGGAUACAGAAAGCGUCGAAGUUGCAGUUCAAUGCAUUGGAGAGGCUUUCGGAGUUAAGUUAGAUGAUCCGGAAGAUAAAGCAAUUUAUUCAACAAUACCUCCAUUAUUGUCUAUUUUCGAAGUUGCUAACAUCAAACCACCUUCUAAAUCUGUGGGAGAGAAAGAUUAUGAGGCUGCUGUUAAAUUGUAUGAACAGGCAAUUGAUAUCAAUGGAAACAAUGCAGUAUAUUAUUCUAAUAGAGCUGCUGCUUAUGCUCAAUUGGGGAAACAUAAUAAAGCCAUUGAUGAUGCUUUGAAAUCAACACAAAUAGAUCCUUCUUACAGUAAGGCAUAUAGUAGACUUGGUCAUGCUUAUUUGGCUGUAGGAAAAUUUGAUGAUGCAAUCGAGGCAUAUGAGAAAGGACUUUCUCUUGAUCCCAGCAAUGCUACAAUGAAAUCGGGCCUUGCAACAGCUCAACAAAAAUCGAAUGAGAUUAAUGAUCAAACCGGUUCAAGAGGAACCAAACCAAACAGUAACUCCAGUUUACCCAAUGCAGGUGGUUUGGGAGGUUUGGGUGGAUUGGCCUUUAUGAACGCAGCACAACAAAUGAUGCAAUCGGGAGCAUUGAAUGAUAUUUUAAGUAAUCCUAAUGUUGCUGAAAUGAAUCAAAAAGAUAUUACCGAUAAAAAUGAUGAUAAUAAUACUUUAUAA